AUGCUCAGGAUGUUUUUGGACACUCCUCAGCGCUUGCUAAAGGAGGGGAGAAAGUCACGGAAGCUGGUACUGGUGGUCGUGUUUGUUGCUCUGCUGCUGGACAACAUGCUGCUAACUGUAGUGGUGCCCAUCAUACCCAACUUCCUAUACGCCACAGAGUUCAAAGAAAUCAACACUCCUCUGUACCUUGGCCCCACCACAAUUUCUCAGCAUGUCCUUACUUCUGCCUUUUCCACCAUCUUCUUCUUUGAUAACAACACCAUGACUGUUGAAGAAAGUGCACCCAGUGGCACAACAUGGACAGACGACAAUUCUGGCACCAUCCCCCCUCCAGUCACUGCAGCCAUCCCAGUACAACAAAACAACUGCUUCCAAGGCACAGAGUUUUUGGAGGAAGAGAACGUACGGGUUGGUGUUCUGUUUGCUUCAAAGGCUCUGAUGCAACUUCUGGUCAACCCGUUUGUGGGACCUCUCACCAACAGGAUUGGAUAUCAUAUCCCCAUGUUUGCUGGCUUUGUUAUCCUCUUUCUCUCCACAGUUAUGUUUGCUUUUUCUGGUACCUAUACCCUACUGUUUGUGGCCCGAACCCUUCAAGGCAUUGGAUCCUCAUUUUCAUCUGUUGCAGGUCUUGGGAUGCUGGCAAGUGUCUACACUGAUGACUAUGAGAGAGGGCGUGCCAUGGGAAUCGCCUUGGGGGGUCUGGCUUUGGGAGUGCUGGUGGGAGCUCCUUUUGGAAGUGUGAUGUAUGUGUUUGUUGGGAGGUCUUCACCUUUCCUCAUAUUGGCUUUCCUAGCACUACUGGAUGGAGCACUCCAGCUGUGUAUCCUACAGCCUUCCAAAGUCUCUCCUGAGAAUGCCAGGGGGACUCCUCUCCUUACACUUCUCAAAGAUCCUUAUAUCUUGGUGGCUGCAGGCUCCCUUUGCUUUGCUAACAUGGGAGUGGCCAUACUGGAGCCCACACUGCCCAUCUGGAUGAUGCAGACCAUGUGCUCACCCGAAUGGCAGUUAGGUCUAGCUUUCUUGCCCGCCAGUGUGUCCUACCUCAUAGGCACCAACAUCUUUGGUGUAUUGGCCAACAAGAUGGGUCGGUGGCUGUGCUCCCUGAUUGGGAUGAUGGUAGUAGGCACCAGCUUGCUUUGUGUUCCUCUGGCUCACAAUAUAUUUGGUCUCAUUGGCCCCAAUGCAGGGCUUGGCUUUUCUAUAGGCAUGGUUGAUUCUUCUGUGAUGCCCAUCAUGGGACACUUGGUGGAUCUGCGUCACACCUCAGUAUAUGGGAGUGUCUAUGCCAUAGCUGAUGUGGCUUUUUGUAUGGGCUUUGCUAUAGGCCCAUCAACUGGGGGUGCCAUUGUGCAUGCCAUUGGCUUCCCCUGGCUUAUGGUCAUCAUUGGUGUCAUCAACAUCAUCUAUGCUCCUCUCUGCUACUACCUGAGAAGCCCCCCAGCUAAGAAGGAAAAUCUUGCAAUUCUGAGCCAGGACAGCGUCAUGGAGACUCGGAUGUACGCAACUCAGAAGCCCAAAAGGAAAUUUCCACUGAGGGAGGACAGCGAUGAGGAGCCUGGCAGUGAGGAGUAG